AUGAGCGACGGCCCUCUAUGGAUACCAUUGGUGGAGGGGGAGUGUGCACACUGCAGGGACAAGUGGUGGGCGCAUUUCCUGUAUAUCAACAACUUCCUUGAACCGAACGAAAAGUGCCUGAUGCAUACAUGGUUUCUCGCGACGGACAUGCAACUUUAUGUAUUGGCGGGCUUUCUGACUCUCACCUUGGGCCGGUCACCGCGCAGAGCUGUCAAGGUCCUAAGCUGCCUUUUUGUUUGCGCAGUCGUUGCCAAUUUUGCUAUCGCCUACAACUGGAACUUGAAACCAGUGCUCUUUCUCAGUUAUCCCAAGUAA